CUCAAAAUACGUCAAUGUUUCGGACUGUACACAUGCAAAAACAAAACAGCAAAGGACUAUAAAGGAAAAAUUACAAGUGACUGCAGUUUUCCUGAGCUCUUGUUCUACUGUUCUCUGAAGAUUAAAUCACAGAGCAUGAGAGAGAUUUAGUUAUACUUCAGUGUUUUAAGACAAGGAUGACUGGCGGAAAGUGGCAGGACAGGGUGAAGUCUGUGGAACAGAGGGCAUCAUCUUUUCAGUCUUCUCCUCUGUCCUGUCCAUACAAACCACGUCUCUCCCAGCCAUGGCAGCCGUCCUCUAUCUGGAGACUCUUCCCACGCCAGAAUGCAGCUAUUGGCUUUGCUCAGCACAUUAAACAGGAUGUGCACAUAUUUUCACUGGAGAAGGAAGGCAGUGAUGCUGGACAGAGGAUUUUCCUAGUGACCAGCUACAGUGAACUAUGGCAUUAUUACAGCACUCACAGACAGUCUCUGAUGCACUGCUAUGAAGUGAUUCUGGAAGGGGCUGUCUGCAAACUCUACUUUGACUUAGAGUUUCAUAAAGCCUCCAACACACAUUUGGAUGGAAAGAUGAUGGUUGCCAAACUAAUUCAGUACGUAUGUGAGAAGCUAGAGGAGGUGUAUGGUCUCCAUUGCUCUGCAAAAGAUGUCCUUGAUCUAGACUCCAGCACCUCUGACAAGUUUAGUCGUCAUCUUAUCUUCAUGCUUCCCAAUGCUGCAUUUAAAGACAACUCCCAUGUGGGGCGGUUUAUUCAUGAAAUCCUUCAUCCUGCCACGAACAACCUUCAUAAAAGCAGUCCAGAGGCACUAAGAAAGAAUAUGGAUGAUGUGGAGGGUUCUCAGGCCAAGAGAAGAAAGACUGAUAAGAAGGAUCUUGGCUUUCUAACAGUGAAUAAUGAAAAAGGACAAGAACAACUUUUUGUUGAUUUGGGUGUCUACACAAAGAACAGAAACUUCCGUCUCUACAAAUCCUCCAAACUGGGAAAGAAUGCAGCCUUCAUUGUGGCAGAGGACAACAAGUUUGUCCCGAAACCGUCCAAGCAAAUCACAAAAGAAGAGCGCAUAUUUCUAGCUUCUUUAAUCACCAACGUCAGUUUUACAGGACAGAGGAUAUUGACGUAUGAUAUGCCACAGAAGAGCACAGCAGGAUCUGAAUGUCCAACCCUGCAGAGAGAGUCACACAGCUCUGAUCUGUUGGGUGACCAGAAGACAUCCCCUUUUAAAGAAGUGGAUGAAUUUGUGCUCACACUUGUGCACAAGGAUGGCAUUCAAGGAAGCAUCCGGCGAUGGAACUACUUUGCAUGUGAACAGUUGCUGGUUUAUGACAUUGAGAAGUUCCGUUGGUGCCAUAAUGUGAAGCGUUUCCACAAGAGCAACAACAUCAUAAUUGUGGUGGAUCUUAAAGAUGAAGUGUGGUAUCAGAGGUGCCAUGACCCUGAGUGCAGAAGACAGAAUUACAGAUCCUCUAGCUUCCCUCUGCCUCAGGAGGUCUGCAUGAGCCACUUACUGAUGGAGGAUGAAGAGGAUCAGGCUUAUUUAACAGACGAGCUGGGGAACAUUGAGCUCGCAGUGACUGCUCCAGCAGAGUCCACCUCAACUGCCCCGUCUGAGGACACUGAGGGUUGGGGAGAAUGGGCCUGAUGACCCUGCUUAUCUGAGAGCUCUGGAGGAAGUAGAAGAAGAGCAGGACGAGGAGGAGGUACCUGAUGAGCUUCUGCUGCAGGCAGUCAAUGAGUGUGAAUGAUGACAGUUUAACCUGAAAGUCCAACAUUAGCUUAGUGCAGUACCUGAAGUUCAUGUGUGCAUUGAUC